UCCGGUUCAACCAAAUUGUCAACACGUGAAAAUUGUUCAAUGACCGUCGGUUUUUAUAUUUAGAAAGAUGAAGAAGUCGGAAUCGGAAAUUGAGUCCGAGUCUGUAAAGAACAGUCUGAAGAGAAUUCAUAUAGGUGGAUUGACUCCAAACAUCACGAAGAAGGAGUUAGAAGAGAAAUUUUCAAGUUUUGGAAACGUACAAGAUGUUGAAGUAAAGAUCAAGAAAGACGUGGAUGGUGAAGUUUUCAACACUUUUGCUUAUAUUGAUAUUGAUGCUGAAGAUUCUUCUAUACAAAAAUGUUUUAGUAUAUUCAACAAAGCCAAAUGGAAAGGAAGAACACUACAAUUACAAGUGGCUAAACAGCAUUUCCUAACAAGAUUACAGAAGGAAAGAAAUACCCCAGAAGUGCCAAAAUCAAAGAAAGUAAAAACUAGUUUCCAUGAUCCAUUAGCUAAUCUAACGGACGUAGAAGAUUUUAAUGUCAAGGGUAAAGUUCCUGGUACCGCUAUUCCAGGUGAAAAGAAAUGGAUUGUUGGUAAAUAUGGUAGAGUAUUACCAAUUUUUAAUGUUAGAGAUAAAUCAACAAAUAGACUUGUACACGUUGAUCCAUCCAAAUUUUGCCAUAAUUUGAAAAAAAUAAAACCCGAUGAAAAAGAUGAAAAUGAGGACAUUGAUUUAGAAAAAUUGACUUGGAAAAUGGAUGAAAUGAAUGAAACUUCAAAACGGCGACUUGGAGAUUUCUCAGAGUUUGAAGACUUUCAACCCAAAAAAGUUAAAGUAGAAGAAAAUGAUUGGAGUGAAGAGAUGGAAGAGAAAAUGGAAGAAAUGCGUAGAAGAUAUGACAGAAGUCAAAGAGAAUCACAGAAAACAGAUGAUACGGAGAUUGAAGUGGUGAAAGGUGAAAAGGUCAUAAGUGUGUAUCACAUACCAAAAGAUGAUUUUAUUUAUGAUUCAGAGGAUGAGUUAUCUGAAAAUAAUGAUAGAGAUGAUGCUGUUGGUGAGGAAAGUGACUCUUGUGAUUCUGUUGGUUCAGCAGACACAGGUGAAAUUAUUGCUAUGAUGAAUUCUUCGAAGUCGAAAAAUGUAGAGAAUACCACCAUGAAUAAGAUAGUAGUUAACAACAGAGAUAAGAUUUUAACAAAUUCUGAUUCUAAUAUUUCGAAAGUGAAUAAUACAGGUGAUGACAUGGAUAGUGAUACUACUGGGAAGCACAUGUCUAAAAUUACACUCAACUCAUCUGCUCAGUUAGAUACAAGUGCUUCACUCAAACCAAAGUCAAAUGUUAAGUCUAGUGCUCCCAAUGUUUGCUUUGUUGAUCAUACAAUGAAAAUGACACGAUUCAAAGGAAUUAGCAUGUUAGAUUCGAGUGAUGAUGACAGCAGCAAUAAAUCUUCAACAAAAGACUUAAAAAAGAAAGUAAAUUCUAUAAAAAAGAACUCUGUUGAUGUUUUAAAUGACUCAGAUUCUAGUUCAGGACAUAACGAUAGUUCAGCCAACUUCACGCCUAAAAUCAACAAAAUAUCUAAAAAUAAAAAAACAGGUGCUUCAGUACCAAAUAUAGACACUGGUACUUCUCUUUUGGAAAAUGGUUCUGACGGCAGUGAUUCACCUCAGCAAAAGAAACAGUUACAUAUCAAGUCUGCAAAGAGUAAGAUGAAAUCAGUGGACUCUGAUCAAAGUGACGAUUCCAAUUCAGAAUCUAAUGAUAAUGUAGAAUUUUCAGAUUUGAAAAAAAAAGUACAAGAUAAAAGGAAAAAGUCAAAAGAUGAAAAUAGUUUUUCAAAUAAAGAUGAUUCCCUCAGUAAGAAACACAUUGUUGAAAUAGGCAGGACCGUUAAAGGUGUCGAUUUAUUCAAAGAAAAUAUUCUGUCUAAAAAAUCAACUAAAAACAGUGGAAAAAGUGCAAAGAAGGAAAUCAUUGAGUCAUCUGAUUAUGCAUCAGAAAAUAAUACGAUAAACAAUGCGUGUUCUGUUACAACAAACCAGUCUGAUAGCGAAUAUGAUUCAGAUGAUUUUGAAAAAGUUGCCAAGAAAUUUUCAGAAGAAUUUGGAACGAGUAAAGUGCCUUCUCAGUCAGCUAACCGAAUAGCCUUGAACAAUGAUACCAAACCUGAAGUGGAUUCAACUGCUAGUUCCAUAAGCAAUAAUGACACAACUGCUUGUUCUAUUAGCGAUAAUGAAACAACUGCUAGUUCUAUUAGUGAUAAUGAAACAACUGCUAGUUCUAUUAGUGAUAAUGAAACAACUGCAAGUUCUAUUAGUGAGUAUGACAAGACAGCUAGUUCUAUUAGUGAUAAUGACACGACUGCUAGUUCUAUUAGUGACAGUCCAACUGAUGAUUCAACAGAUAGUGGCAGUGAAGAAGAGACAAAUUUGACACCAUCUGAAUCUGAUGGAGAUCAGAAACCAGCACUAGAGAUCGAGGAAAGUUUCAUUUCUGAAAAACAGAGGAGAAGGAAACUGAAGAAAAUGAAGAAAGAAAAGGGAGAAGAAAAUAUUGUGAAAGAUAUUGUUAAAGAUAACUUCUUUGUCUCUUCAUCACUUCUAAAUACUUUUGCUAAAAAAGAACCCAGUGUUGGUGGAUUUUCAUUUCUUCAGACAUUUGGAAAGAAAGACACUGCAGAGUCUAAGAUAAAUGAAGAUGACACACCAACUUACAAAUUACCAUGGCAACUAAAACCCCAUGAUUCAGAAGAAGAAGAAAUUGUGAUUGAUGAUCAAAGGAAAAAGUCCAGUAAAUUAAAAACCAAGAUUUCAAGUUUUUUCUUUCAACCAAAAGAUGAUAGAUUAAAAGAGGGUAUUGAGUUUUUUCAUCGUAAAAUGGAUGCAGAUGUUGUAGAGGAAAUAUGGCAGGAAGAAAGACCUAGAAUACUUGCUAAUUGUCGACAGAGAAACAGAUUGGCUUUAAGACGAAUCAAUCAAGAUAAAUUAAGACAAAGAAAGAAACCUUUUAAUUCAUCUGCAUGGGGGAAAAAGAAUGAUAAAGGCCACAAGAAUCAAUGAUAGCACAAAUUUUAUACACAGCUGUUAUAAAGAUGUAUUAUUAUAGUGUUGUUAUUAAAAUCUUCAUAUUUGUA